UUAUAUAAUUAUACUAACCAUCAAUAAUUUCUUAUAAAAGUGAGCUUUAUUGAACACAUGGUGUUGACUCACUGACUGAGUCAAGUGCAUUUUGUACAAUAAAAGGCAGUGAAAAAUAAAAGCAUUUCAACGAAUUCUUCAUAAACACUUCAGAUCAGUGAGUAGUUAAUUAUGAUGAAUAACCUCCUGAAAUGUGAGAUGGGAAAUUCUAAACUUCUUUCCCCAAAUUUAUAUUCUCACUCAAAACCAGCUUCAACUUUACUCCAUAAAAAAUUCACUGUUUGUCCUACUCAUAAUGAGUCAAAGAUCUCCUCUUUAAAACUCAAAGGAAAAGCAAGAAGAUCAUACACUAGUAUUAUCACUUGCAAGUUAGACAAAAGUGCCCUUGUUAAGGAGAAGAAAGAAUUUUCACCAAAUGAUAAGGUAAUUAUUGAAGGAACAGUAAUUUUGAAGAAAAAGACUAUAUCUGGUGUUAAAGAUCGCAUAAAAACUUCCAUUUUUGGUAGUGAUGAUGUGCUGGUUAGAGGAAAGGUUUCAUUUCAGCUUGUCAGUGCUGUUCAUGCUGAUCCUGCAAACAACUUGAAAGGGAAACUUGGAAAACAAUCAUAUUUAGAAAAAGCAAUUACUGAACCCACUGGUUUAGCUGAUGAUGAGUAUGCAUACAGAGUGAGAUUUGAUUGGGAUGAACAGGUUGCUCUUCCUGGGGCACUAAUAGUACGAAAUGAACAUGAUAAAGAAUUUUACCUUAGAACAAUCACCUUGGAAGGCAUCCCGGAUCAUGGGAAAAUCCACUUUCUCUGCAACUCUUGGAUUUAUCCAGCUUAUUGCUACCAGAAAGAUCGUAUAUUUUUCACCAAUAAGACAUACCUCCCACAUCAAACUCCUGCACCAUUAUACAAGUACCGAGAAGAAGAGCUAGAAAUUCUGAGAGGAAAAGGAAAAGAAAAUAAAAGGCUAGAGGAGUGGGAUCGCGUUUAUGAUUAUGCAUACUACAAUGAUCUAGGAUUACCAGAUGAAGGUCCAGAAUAUGUCCGACCAAUCUAUGGAGGCUCUGCCAAAUAUCCUUAUCCACGUAGAGGACGAACAAGCCGCCCACCAACGAAGACAGAUCCUCAUACUGAAAGUAGGUUGCCACUAGUCAAGGGCACAGACGUUUAUAUUCCAAGAGAUGAAAAGUUUGGGCACCUUAAGUUCUCUGAUUUCAUGGGUGAUACAGUCAAGUCUCUAACUCACGGCAUUGUUGGUAUGCUGGAUGCAGUAUUUGAUAGUACUCCAAAAGAGUUUGACAGUUUUCAAGAAGUGAUAGAAAUGCACAAGGGAGGAAUCAAGCUUCCAUCAUUUACAAAGCUUAGGGAAAAGGUCCCAACCAAAUUCUUAAAAGCACUUUUUCGGAGUGAUGGUGGACAAAUGAUGAAAUACCCAAUGCCUGAUAUAAUAAAAGUGGAUGAGUCAGCAUGGAAGACUGAUGAAGAAUUUGCAAGACAGAUGCUAGCUGGUAUACAUCCUCUUAUCAUUCGUCGUCUAGAGGAGUUUCCGCCUCUUAGUAAGCUAGAUCCUGAAGUAUAUGGAAACCAGAACAGUUCAAUAACGAAGGAGUGCAUAGAAGGAAACCUAGAUGGGUUAAAUGUACAAGAGGCAAUUCAGAGGAAUAAGGUGUUUAUAUUGGAUCACCAUGACACAGUAAUGCCAUACUUGAGGCAAAUCAAUAGAGAUACUCCUUCAAAGGUGUAUGCCACGAGGACACUUCUCUUUUUAAAAGAAGAUGGAACUUUGAAGCCACUAAUAAUUGAGUUAAGCCUUCCAGAAGGGGACAAAUUUGGUGCUGUUAGCAAAGUAUAUACACCAGCCAAUGAUGGUAUUAAAGCCGGCCUUUGGCAGUUGGCCAAAGCCUAUGUGAAUGUUACUGAUUCUUCUUACCACCAACUUAUCAGCCACUGGUUACACACUCAUGCAGUGAUUGAACCAUUCAUUAUUGCAACAAAUAGACAAAUGAGUAUGCUCCACCCAAUUCACAAACUUUUGCAUCCUCACUUCCGUGACACAAUGCCUGUUAAUACAGUAGCGCGCCAGAUUGCUCUUAACGCUAAUGGGUUGUUUGAGGCAGCUGUCUAUCCCCGGCAGUAUGUCGUGCAGUGGACAUCCUCACUGUACAAAGACUGGGUAUUGACUGAGCAAGCUCUUCCAAAAGACCUUAUUAAGAGAGGAAUGGCAGUGACGGACCCGAAAAGCCCUCAUGGAUACAAGCUACUCGUAGAGGACUACCCAUAUGCUGUUGACGGGCUAGAAAUUUGGUCUGCAAUCGAGACUUGGGUUAAAGAGUAUUGUUCAUUUUACUACAAAUCUGAUGACAUGAUUGUUAACGACAUUGAACUACAAUCAUGGUGGAAAGAAAUUUGUGAAGUAGGCCAUGGAGACAAAAAGAAUGAGAAAUGGUGGCCAAAAAUGAAGACCUUUGAUGAGUUGACAGAAACUUGCACAACCAUUAUAUGGGUGGCUUCUGCUCUUCAUGCAGUUCUGAAUUUCGGACAAUAUCCUUACUCGGGAUACAUGCCAAACCGGCCUACCAUCAGCAGACAUUUCAUGCCAGAGCCAAAGUCUCGCAUGUAUGAUGAACUAAAGACUAAUCCAGAUGGUGUGUUUUUGAAGAUAGUAACUAGCCAACUUCGAACAUUAGCAUGUCUUUCUGUGAUAGAGCUUAUUUCUAGGCAUUCUGAAGAUGAGGUCUAUCUUGGACAAAGAGAACCUGGAUGGACUUCUGAUACUCCACCAGUAGAAGCAUUUGAUAAAUUUAGUAAGAAAUUAGUGGAGAUUGAGAAGAAGAUUCUAGAAAGGAACGAUGAUCCGAAACUAAAGAAUCGGGUUGGUCCAGCUAAGUUGCCUUUCACAUUACUAUGCCCUUCAAGUGGAGUAGGGAUGACUGGAAGGGGAAUUCCUAACAGUGUCUCUCUUUGAAGCUUUGUUUUAACUAGCUAUUUAGCUAGCACUUUGAAGAAAUCAGCUUGAAGUUGUAAGAUUAUGAUCCUACUUGAUUUUCAUGAAAAGGAAUAUAUGAUGAUUGGUGUAAGAAAUAUACACAGUUUGUAGAUACACGUAAAGUUAGUACAUCAGUAACUCUGUACAAAAUUGUUUACUGUAACGAACUCUUAUAGACCAUCCUGUAAGAAAUAUUUAGGGUUUUGCUAUAAAAAAAAAUCUUUUUUUGUUAAAA